AUGGCGUCUAGAAACCCCAACGCAGAUUUCCCUGCGUUCCCUCAACUCCCCAAAAUCCCUACCCUGAGCGGCGAGCAGGACUUCGAGGCUUGGCAUGAUGUGCUCCUUCUUCAGCUGAGCUACUUUGAUCUCCACAACAUCAUCACCGGUGACGAGCAGGCUCCUCCCAGUACCGCCUCAAGAGACGACCACGAACGCUUCAAUAGGAAGAAGGUCCUUGCCUACACAAUGCUCUCAAACAGCAUUCAGCCCAUCAUCACCAAGAUCCAAGCCCUCGGCUACCAUGGGAUGCAUUCUUUGGACCCGCGCAGCCUCUACCACGCUGUGCUCAAGUGGGACAUCGAUAUCUCCGCUGAGUACAAAUUCCGACUUGUCAAGGAGCUCACCGACAUCGAUCACUCUCAAUUUACCAACCUUCACGCAUUCUUGGACAGAGCUCUUUGGCUCCGCCGUCGUCUCAAGCGUGCGGCCUUUGAGGUUUCAGACGAGCUCAUGGGUCUAUUGCUGCUGAAAGGUAUCAGUUCCUACGACGAUGCCUGGACAAAGAUGGUGCUUCACGGCAAGACGACUGGGUCUCUGGUCGAGAAGGAUAUUGUUCCGCUGAUCGCAAAAAAGGCAGCUGAGCAGGAGGCUAUGAGCAUUACUUCCACCAUCGCCUGUAAAAAGCCUACCCAGGAAAAGGGCAUCCAGGCCACCCUGGUGAAUGUUACUGGGGAAAAGAGCACCCAGGCUACCUAUACGAAGGCUCACCACGAAAAUGGCACCCAGACCGAGUCGACUCCAAACCAGACCUGCAACGAGGCUUCUAACUGUAAUACUCCCCGUCCUGAUACCCCGGGCGGCAGGGUCUGGACUGGACCCGAGGAUGAUUUGCAGACCAUCAAGCCCUUUGAUCUGGCCACCUCUCCUGACGGCGCUUCACAGGAUACUGCCAAGGUCGGAAGUCAGAGCAUGACCACGGACGACACCUUCAACAAUGACGAUGCGCCCACCACUGUUGAUGCCAGGAACGGCACGCCCCAGAGCCAGUCCAAUUCCGGCAGCAAGAGUCCCGAUACUAACAUCACCACCCCGUCGCUUACUCCCAGCGGUGCCCGGUUGAGCGAGAACAAAGCUGUCAUCUCAAUCGCUGCCAAAGAUACCAACACAGGCUUGACCAAGCGCCCAAACCCCCAGCCUUUCCAUCCUGUCACCAACACUAGCUAUCAGUCCGAAGGCACCUCUGAGCAGCCUGAUGGUUUCGGUUUUACCAGGCGCAGCACUCCACAAAACGAUCCUGCCAGUCACGACAAUCCUCAGAAUGGUCCCGAUUUCAUGAAUCCCCUUGCCACUAUCCCGGGUCACAUUCACAACCGCCAAAAGGACGUCCACGCUUGGCUCUUGGGUAACUCCUGGAGCAACAAGGAUAUCAAUUCAUGGAAUACCACCGAGAGCCCUACUGUUCCGAGCUACCAGAACAGCACUAUCACCCUGUCCCAGGCCGCUGCCUCUGUGCAGCAGCAGCAGCAGCAGCAGCAGUCUCCUCCAUCCGUUGAAGAUAGGUUCGGACCUGAAACUUUUGCUUGGAAUUUGCGCGCGGCGAAUUUAGGCCCGGAUGGAAAGCCCAGAUUGAGGAUUAAGAAGCGUCCAUUUGGAGCUUCUGACCCGCGCCAUUGGUAA